CUCCUCAAGUGACAAAUGGCGCAGCACUGCUAGCUGUGAAGAAUGUACCGCAACCUCCACCUCCACCACCACCAUGCUUAUUGUCGGGAAAGAACCGCGCAACACCACCACCACCGCCACCACCACUGACUUCAAAAGGGCCGGCAUUGUCGACCAGAAAUAAAGUGGAUAUACCGAAAGCACUGCAGCCAAAAGCCAUGCCUAAAGGAGGUUCAAAGCUGAAACAGAUUCAGUGGACAAAAAUACCUGUUGAAAAGGUGAUUGGCGAUGGUGUGCAAAAAAUUCGCAAUGUUUGGAUGUCGUCAGCAAAAUUGCCCGAGAAUGGUACUUCUUUUGUGAUUUAG